ACGACAACACUAUUUGGCUAGCGUUUUGUGGUAAUUGUGUUUUUAGAAGAAGAAGAGUGCGGCAUCGGCUUCUGAAAGUUUCUCAGCGGUUACUGAGUUUUUAUAGUCAAAUAAUAAGGAUUAAUAAAUAUUUAACGAGAUGGCAGACAAGGCGCAGGAACAAAGUAUCAUGGACAAGUCCAUGAGGUCGGUCUUUGUGGGCAACAUACCCUACGAGGCCACCGAAGAGAAGCUGAAGGAGAUAUUCAGCGAAGUUGGACCGGUGCUGUCUCUGAAGCUGGUGUUCGAUCGGGAGAGUGGCAAGCCCAAGGGCUUUGGAUUCUGCGAGUACAAGGACCAGGAAACCGCACUGAGCGCCAUGAGGAACCUGAAUGGGUAUGAAAUCGGAGGUCGGACACUGCGCGUGGACAAUGCCUGUACGGAAAAAUCGCGUAUGGAGAUGCAGCAGCUACUGCAGGGUCCCCAGGUGGAGAAUCCUUACGGAGAACCCUGCGAGCCAGAGGAUGCCCCAGAGUUGAUCACCAAAACGGUGGCUUCCCUGCCACCGGAGCAGAUGUACGAGCUGAUGAAGCAGAUGAAGCUGUGCAUCGUCAGCAAUCCGUCGGAAGCCAGGCAAAUGCUAAUGCUGAAUCCGCAGCUGGCCUACGCCCUGCUCCAGGCGAUGGUGGUCAUGCGCAUCGUAGAUCCGCAGCAGGCCCUGGGCAUGCUCUUCAAGGCGAAUCAGAUGCCUCCUGUGUUGGGCGGCAAUCCCCACCAGCAGCAGCAACAACAGCAGCAAAUUCCCAUUCCCCAGCAGCAGCAGAUGCCGCAGCAGCCGCCACCUCAAGUUCAGCCCAUGCCUGUGCCUGGUCCCGGUUUCAGUUCCAAUGUCCACUCCAACGAUAUUGACCUACGCAUGGUCCAGGGUGGACCGAUGCCCAUGGAUCCGAGGAUUAUGGGCCGCAAUAUUGACCAGGACAUGCGCCAGGUGAUGCCUAAUCCGGUGCCACCACCGCUGAUGGAUCCAAGGACCCGAGCCCAGAUGCCUGCCCAACAGCCCCAGGUUGCCCCACAGGUUCCGCCCCCGGCUCCCUAUCCUAGCGAUCCGCGUCAGCGCCCGAUGGAUCCUCGUUUAAGAGCUGGGCCGGGCCAACAGCAGCAGCCACCGCCGCAGGUGAUGCCCCAGGCACCACCGCCAACGCAGCAGCAACAGGCUGCCGCCCAACAGUUGCAGAGCCGUUUGGGGGCCCAUGGGGUACUGCCGUCGGAUGCUUCUGAUCAGGAGAAGGCGGCUUUAAUCAUGCAGGUGCUGCAGCUAUCCGAUGAGCAGAUCGCCCAACUGCCCUCUGAGCAGCGUGCCAGCAUCCUCAUGCUUAAGGAGCAGAUUGCCAAGAGCACUCAGCGAUAAUUUACAAAAUUGCAACAAAUAUUUCAAAUCAAUAAAAGAACAUUCUCACAUUCGGA